AGAUCAGAGAGAAUGGCGACGGCGAUUAUACGCUCAGCUCUUUCCCGAGCAGCAAUCACCGCAGCUCCGAGGACAUCCGUUGCUCCAAAGCGAAGAUUCUCAUCUUCUUCCGGCCUUGACGAUGCUUAUGAAUCUGGAAAGUGGGAGAGCAUAGCUUACCUGGGCAUUUUCAGUUGCACUCUUAUAGCCGCCUAUGUUCUAUCCGAAGGUCAUCAACACGGCGAGGAUCCUCCUGCGUAUCCGUAUAUGCACAUCCGUAACAAGGAGUUUCCUUGGGGUCCAGACGGUCUGUUUGAGGUGAAGCACAACGAAGGGCACUGAGAUGUUGCGUCUUUGACAUAGUCUCGUCUUACUUAUCGGAUUUGUUUUAUAACUUUUGUCAACUAAGAAUAUGCUACUUUUGUUUUGUGUCAUCAUUAAAGACUCUGUGAUUUCUUCAAAUCUCUUAUGAUUCAAUCUCAGUAAACAAGAUUGUGUCAGUAAUUUUGUUUUGUUUUGAUAUGUGGGUCUGAUUUGCUUUGCUGGUUUGCUA